GGCAGGCGUGCUCUACAGAAUAAUACUGAAGUAAAGGUUUCACAGUUCCCAAAUCAUUGCGCAUGACUGGCACAGCAGCAACAGAAAUCACUGAAUUUGAAAGCAUUUACAAGCUUAAAGUUACAAUCGUGCCUACAAACAAACCUAUGAUAAGAAAGGAUGAAUUUGAUUUAGUUUUUAGGGCUACUACAGGGAAAUGGCGUGCAGUUGUGGCGGAAAUCUCUAGAAUGAACAUAACUAGUCGUGGGACGGAUAUAAUCCUUGGCGGAAAUGUUGAGUUUAUGGCACGUCUGAAGCUUCGUGAGAUACUGAUGCCAAGGUAUGGUGGAGCUUUAAUUGGUAUACAUUUUCACCCAUUUUUAUUGUUUCCUCAGGCCUACAAUAAUAGACUUGCAGGAUUUUGGACUUCUAUUGGAGUGGUCCAACAAUAUUCAACUGUGAUACAUGUAAACAAAUAUUUCAAGUAUCUAACUCAUUAAGCCCCCCAUCAAGUACUUUUGCAUCCUCUGACAUUAUUAGUUUGCGAUGAUGAACAGUAUGCAUAGGAUUUUAAUUUUGUUAUAGGUUCAAUGAAAUGCCAGAGUUUUGCUAGUUUCAUUGGUGUCACAGUUUGUCAGUUAGUUCUAAUAAGCUUGGACAAUUGGAGCGCAACAAAAAAAGAGGUUGUGGGAGUUUAUAAACAAAACAUUUGGAAUGCAUGCAUCUAUAAAUUUGGCUAUGCAAAUGUCCUCUAUAUAUGUUAUGAUAUUUG